AUGAAAUAUUUUAUUCUUCUUUCUUUUCUACUAUUUAUAUCAGUUAUUUCUUCUUUUAGUCUAAAUAUACUAAAAUAUUUUAAGCGAAAACUAAAACCAACACCAGCAACAUUACUAACAACAACAACACCACCAACAACAAUACCACAAACAACAACACAAUCAAUAACAACAACACAAUCAAUUAAUACAACCAAACGUCCAUGGCAACAAUGGAAUAUAACAUUAAAUGACACAUUAGUAUUAAGAUUAGGAUAUAGAGGAGUUAGAAAAUACAACAGAGAUAAUCGACCAACUGUAUUAACAUUUGUAAACGUUACAAAAGUUUUUAAACGUGGUAAAGUAAAUAAAGGAAACAAAGAAGUUAAGCUAAUAGUUAUGGUUUCAAAAAUCAUAGAUAAUCAAAAUACGUGCCAAUUACUUCGUACAGUAUGUAAUGCAACUAAAGUUAAAAAUAACACAAGAUAUUAUGUAGAAAGAGUAAAACUUUUUAAUGUAAUUGUAAAAGGAGAAUGUAAGCCUACCGUAAAUAUUACAGAAAUUGAAGAAAAAGCAAAAAAAAGAGAAAAAGAAAGAGCAAAUACAAGCACAAAUACAAGCACAAUUACAAGCACAAUAGAAAAAGAAAAGUAA